ACUAUGUCCAGAAACACAAUUAAAAAGACAGUCAAAAAAAUUAAAAAGCCCAAAUCCACCAACACCAAACAAAACAACAAAUAAAAAAUCGAUGACGAUGAAUCAAUCGAUUCAGAAUACUUGGAUGAAUUGGAAAAUCAAAAACCCCAAUAAAUGUCAGAUAGAAGUGACAGUGAAAUUGAUGAAACCGAAGACAACAGGAGAUUGAGAUUGGCCAAAUAAAUAUUGUAACAAACCAAACAAGAUUUGAAAGCCAAAAACGAUGACUUUUUUCAAGAUCAUCAUGACAUUCACAUGAACGACGAAGACAAAAGAUUAAAUGUAGCCCUACUAGAGAAAGUAACUCAUCGAUCUAAUCUUAGUUUGCUGAAAAACACACCAUCUAUCAGUCCUAAAUCCAAAAAUUCGAUCGUCAAUUCAAUCGAGAAAUCUACAAAGGCCAUCUUAGAGCCAUCACUUGCACCCAAGUGGAUGAAUUCGCCUAACACAUGUACUCUUGUUCCAAAGAUUCAAGCAUCAUCAAAUGUAUUCACAAUCAAUUAAGUUUUUUUCAGGGGACUUGGAAACCAAGAAGAAGGAAUUCAUCUAGAGAGAAGUAGGUAAACACGGCGAUGGCCAUUAUGACGAGGUCCUUACCAUUUCACUCAAUUUUGAUGGCAAAAUAUUGGCUAGUGCUGGCAAAGAUCACUCCAUCAAAUUAUGGGAUACGACAUCCAAUAAAUUGAUCGAAACACUCAAACAUCAUAAGGCUCCCAUUUAUGGCGUGAAAUUCGGAUAUAACUCCAAUAAUCUAUGCAGUAUCUCAUGCGAUAGAACUUUCAUCCAAUGGGACGCAGCCUAACGAGCUUAUAUUGACACAUUGUAAUAAUUACAAGUAAUUUAUAAGUUUUGGACAUAGCACAGAAGCAAAUGACAUCGAUUGCUUUAAUGCUGAUGACUUCUUGAGUUGCGGCUACGACAGACAAAUGAUUCAAUGGAAGACUAAGUCAGGAGGACAACUUCUAUACAGUGGACACGAUUAAUCCAUCGAUUGCAUUCGGGCGAUAACUCUGGACACCUUUGCUACUGGUUCAGUGGAUUCCAAUGUCAAUUUGUGGAAUGUUAAAAAAAGGAAGCCUCUAUUUGAAUUGCACAAACCUCAUGGCGAUAGAUGGAUAACUGCGCUGGUAAUUGUUGUAUCCACAUGUAGGGAACCGCUUACAAUAGUGACCUUCUGGUUUCGGGAUCCUAUGAUGACAAUCUGAACAUCUACAAGGUCACGAACAAGGACAUCACAAAAGUCAGAUCGCUACAGAGUGUAAGAUUUUCAGAUUGAUUUUUCUUUAGUUUGGAAUCGUGAAUCACAUCAAUGUGUUUGAUAAUAAAAUCCUCACUGUGGAGAGUCAGGAACAUCGUUUGGGCAGGUGGGUUACUUCAACGAAAAGCAAAAAUUUAAUUGUGUUGUAUUUAUGA